AUUGCCAAUUGUGAUGUUUGUACAAAGUCUAUCACUUCAAAACAACUCAACCUUGUAUGUAAUGAUUGUUCGAAAGAGUUUCAUGGAACCUGCAUGCGGAUGAACAAGGCUGAUCUUGACUGGAUCACCGCCGAUGGACUAACUUGGAGGUGUCAGGAGUGUAGUGAAACACGAAGAAAGAGCUUGAGGUUUGACUCCGCAGCUCAGGAAGGGAAACUUUCACUCGAAGAUAUGAUGAAAAAAAUCGAGGAAAUAGCUGAAGGCCAAAAAACCCAAGACAAAAAGUCCUAUGAAUUCUUAACUGAAAAAAUUGAAGAAAAUACAGAAACUAUGCAGCAGCAAAAUUUGUCUAUGGAAAAAUGCUUAAAAAUGAUUGAUGAAUUGAUGCAGGAAAACAAAAGUUUAAAUAAGAAGGUCGCUGAUCUUGAACAGCGGAUUGAUGAUAUGGAACAAUACUCCAGGGCAAAUGCCAUAGACAUACAGGAAAUUCCGGUGCAGCCAAACGAAGACGUCAUCAGCGUUGUGAAGGAAGUGGGAAAAGCUCUGGACCUAACUGUUACGGACUCCAUGAGUGACGCCUGUCAUCGUCUUGGUAGCAAAGUCGGCCACAGCGGCCCUCCGCCUGGCAUCAUUGUCAAGUUUGUUAGGCGCAUGGACAAGGAGGAGUUCAUGAGGAAGCGUCGUGUCAAGCGAAACCUAUCUACCAGACACAGGAACAUGCCCAUGGACCAAAUGUUGUACGUCAACGAGGCCCUGACACCGGCGAGGAGGCGGCUACUGGGGGCGGCGCGGCAGAUCAAGAGGGAAAAGAACUUCAAGCACCUCUGGGUGAGGGGCAGUAAAAUCUUUUUAAGGAAAGGCGAUGGAACCAAUGCAAUCCAGGUGCACAGAUUGUAUUUUAACGAGACAUCCAAAAUAACACCUGAGCUUCCAAAGCGAGGAAAUAGUAGCACUAUUCAUAAUGAAGAAAAAGUUACUCAGGCUUGGAACAAACUUAAAAUCAAUGCACUGUCUAAAGCGAUAGCGAUUGUACCUGAUGUGGGUCCUUGUACAAUCGGACCCAAAUCCCUAUCGGUAUCAAAUUCGGAUUGUGACAAGUCCGAUGCAGGUGAUAUUGACAAGCCAGGGGAUAUUGAUCUCAGCGAAGCCAUCACUUCAACUCCCCUCAAAUCCAAGAAUCUUAAUAUGAAACCCAAAAUGAAAGCCAGGUUCGGGACUUUAGAGGAGAAAAAUGAUUCUUACUCAUUUGACAUCUCAGAAAUUCCUCCUGCAGAAAACUACAGCUGUGACGAGUAUAAGGAAGUAGAAGCUUUGAGGAAGUUGUGUUUGUUUAAAAUUGAGGCCCAAGUUGAAAGAUGUGUUCAGAGAAAGAAGAAUGACAUUUUAAAAGCUUGGCAUGAAUAUGAUGAAAAGACCAAAGAAAAAUUGUCAGCGUAUAAAAUUGAACUGGAUAAAGAACGCUUGCUUAGGAUUCAACAACACAACAUUGAAGUUCGUAGAUUAAUGAUGGAAUCUAAAGCCAAUGCUCAACUGAAAGUCAGAGAACUUGAGCAGAGUAAAUCUGACCAUGAAAAAAAAAUUGCAGAAACAAGCGAGAGGAUCAAAUUAAUUGAACAACAGAGAAAGGAACUGGAAGAAAAACAGAAACAAAAACGUGAAGAGCUUAAGCAGUGCAUUAAUAAUGUAUACAAGAUACAAGUGGCGUACGGUCAAAAAUACAAUCAAAUCAAUGAAAUUACAAAGAAAUGCAGGGAUACGAGAGCGCUGAACGAUAGAGUUAUGGGAGAGCUCUCUGAACUAAAGCGGAUGAACGAACAAAUAUUAAAACUUGUUGAUAAGAGCAGGGAAGGCAAAGUAACUCUGAAUGAUUUGAAAACUGCUGAAACACUUCUUCAACAAAUAACAACCGUCAGUGAAGUAUUUGCUCGACACACAGAUGAAAUAAACGAAGCUUUAAGGAUAUCUGAAGAGAUAAAGAAAAGACAACAGCAGGAAAGACAACAGCAGGAAAUCGAACUCAAGGCCAAACAAGAAGCUGAAAGGCAACAAAAAGCUCAAGAAGUAAAAGAACAUGUUAUAAAAGAAAAACCAAAAAAUAAUAGAAGUGAAAAACUAAAACAAGGUACUUAGAAUGUGUAGUUUUUUUAAUUGUCAGAAACACUUGACAAUACUUAAUCCACAUAAAACGUACUC